AUGACAUCAGACUCAUUUCUGGCGGCGCUGAAGCGAUUGUUUGCACGCAGAGGCAAAUGUUCACAUAUAUACUCAGACAAUGGUACCAACUUCGUUGGAGCAUCCAAAAAAUUAGAUAAGGAUUUACAACAGGCUAUUAAAAGCAAUGUGAGUGCAGUUUGUGCAUUGGAAGCAGAAGGUAUAAAAUGGCAUUUCAUUCCACCGGCAGGUCCUCAUUUUGGAGGGUUAUGGGAGUCGGCCGUGAAGUCAAUAAAACACCACUUGAAAAGAGUUGUUGGCGAAAAUAAACUUACUUAUGAGGAGUUAAGCACACUUCUAACCCAAAUUGAGGGCAUACUUAAUUCACGACCGCUUUGUGCAAAUGUUGACGACAAUGAUAUAUUAACUCCAGGUCAUUUUUUAAUUGGGCAUGCUAUCAUUGACUAUCCAGAAGCAGUAGAUAAUACGAACAUAUCUUCAUUAAAUCGUUGGAAGAUAAUUCAAGCAAUGAAGAAACAUUUUUGGAAACGAUGGAAGGAAGAAUAUUUAACGAAUCUUCAGCAGAGGUACAAAUGGAAAAAGGUUCAAGCGAAUGUUAAGGAAGGCCAAGUGGUAAUAGUGAAGAAUGAGGAAACAUAUCCAGGAAGAUGGCCUCUUGGAAAGAUAAUUGAGGUUCAUCCUGGAAAAGAUAAUCUGAGUAGAAGCUUCUAUUUCACAACAAAUUACUCAGAGACAGUUGGGUGCUCAGCUAACUCCCGCGAUACCAACCACGAUAUGCCAAUUAAUAGAUCACCGCCUUCGCAUAGCGGAGGCACAAACCACUCACCCAUAUGCUACCCAACAGCAGAUGGUUGUUCUGAGAAGCCAACCACGAACCAAACAGCAAUGCUAAACAACCAAUCCCAAAGGCAACGCUCAUACUCGGUAAGUGAAACUUCUUGCAAAAAAUCAAGCUGCCAACCGCAAAGUCCAGUAACAUCUUCGAAAAAUAACACAGCAUCAGCGCAACAAAAUAAUGCAGCGCAACAUGCCAAAUAUAUUGCAAAAGAAUAG